AAAGGAACAAGAAGAAGUUUUCAAUCAGAUUUCAAGUCAUAAUGAAGAAAUAAUUUCAGAUAAUAAUAAUGAAUUUCAAAGUGAUUAUGAAAAAAUUGAUAAUGAAAAUCAAGAGUUUACUGAUGAUAAUUCUGAUAUGGAAGAAAAUAUAUAUAAUACAAGAAUAGAAAAUCUUAUAAUUACGUCUCACAAGCAAAAGGAAUCACAAAAACAGAAACUUAAAGAUCAUAUAAUCUCUAGUGAUGAAGAAAUUCACCAAAUUGAUACAGUCAAGUCCAAAUUGAAAAGAUCUCGCAAUGAUACUAUCUUACAAACAUCUGUUUCCAGCUCAUCACAGGUCAACGUUGAGCGUUUGCUUCGAUCUGGCAAGGAAACAACUUUGCAAGAACUUUCUGAAGCUAGAAGCAUAAACAAUCCGAAUCAUUUGACCAAAUCAAAUACAUCUCGUGGUAAAAGCAGCAAGUAUCGUGUCAAAAGCAACUUAAGAAAGACGAGCAGUGGCCAAUCGUAG